CUUAUUCGUUACAGCUUUAUUCCCCCCUCCCUCUACACCAUCCCAAACCACGAUUUUCUAUCCAACUGCUUCCCUCAAAUUUCCACUCUAUUUCUGCUGCAAUUUCUUCAAGAUUGCUCAGUCAAUUCGUGUUUAAGGUACGCCAAUCCCGUCAUUUGUCUGAAUUCCUUGAAACAAUUGGAUCUGCUUGGACCUUGGACCGAUUUCAAAGUCGAAUUGGGGUAAAUAUCGUUUUGUUAUGCCCGUUGGAGCUCUUCUUGUACGUUAAUGUAGUAAUCCUUGAAUUGCUUACAGAAAGUGAAAUUAUGAAGUUCUUAGAGUACACUCCGCUUAAACGGUAAAUAGAAAACGUUGGAACACUUUCAGUCUUUGAAUUUGUAAUUGUAAGAAUGGGUUUCCAUGUUUCACCUUCUUUUGGAUGUAAAAAUAGAUGAUUUUCUGAAUCAUUUGAAUCUUGGAGAGUGCACGAUCAAAGGAUCCCUUGAGGCCUACUCUUGUAAGUUCUUUGUCCUUACACGUCAUGUUUCAUAUUGAACCAUCUUCUUCUGUUCUCGUCGUAACCUUUGUUUUCUGGUGCUUUCUCAAGGUAAACACGUUGGAUCUGACAAAAAACUUUCUCUCAGUUUGGAUAAUGAGGUAGUUUGCAUUUCAUUCCGAACCUUUUUGAAGUCAAUACUAGUAGGAGGAAGAAUCAUGAAUACAUAUGUAUUUGAUUGUUUUGUGUAGCAUUCCUUAUAUGACAUGGGCUGAAAUCCUUUUCUUUGAAUAAAGUGUAAUAAACACCGUUCAAAUAGGUGCUAGGCGCUAGGUAAGCAUUGGGGUCUUUGCGUAGCACCUAGGACGCAUAAGCGUUUUAAGCUAUUAUAACAAUUUUAUAGCACUUUUUGACUUGGACUCAAUUUUGAACGAUUAAUUUAUAACUUAGCUAAUCCUCAAUAGCAAGCAAAAUAUGUCAUGAUUUCGUACAAGGCAAAAACACAAGCUUAUAGAUUUAGAAUCAGAACUUUGUAGAAAGUGUGGAAUACAAGUUCUUGAAACACAAAUUCACAUAAACAACAAGGUCAUAGCAACAAGAAUUUUGGGGCAAGGUUGGAGAUGAGAAUCAUUGCAGUCACCCACGAUUAAUUUCGGGGUAGGGGAGAAGUCGCUUCAAUUUGGAAAGCUCGUUGACAUUCCAAUCGAGGAAUAAGGCAUGUGUAGGAUGGGUCGUUGUGAGGAACGAUCAAAUGGAAGGAUGCCUAAUUUUUGGGUAGUUUUAAUACAUGUUUUAUCUUUAGUUGCCAUACCGCCUAAGUCUUCUUACCUCCAAUUAGUCAUGCCUCAGCCAAUUAAUCACACCUAGCUGUGCCUAGGCGUUAUGAAUGACUAAUGUUCUGCCGACGGCCUAGGCAAUGUGUUUUGUCACUGCCUAGCGCCUAGGCAUACGUGAAAUUACGCCUUCUUGAAUCCUGAUAAUAAACAUACAUGUUGAUUUCAUUAGUUUUUCUUAGCUAUUUUAGAGUUUUGAAGGGGUCGAUUUACGUACUUGGAGCAAAUAUAAUCCGUGUAUGAUAUCCUGAAGGAAAGCUUUUAGAUAUCCCAGGAAAGUAUGCACUAAUAUGCUGCAUAUAGGUUUCCUUAAAAAGCAUGAUAUGAAAGUGUAUGGUCUCUGCGGACAAUACUGACUUAUGUUCUUGCUUCAGAUCCUUGAUUAUAUUGGGAAGUCUUCAGAUACAGAUUUGUCUUCGCCUACUGAAUACCUUUUGAGCAGAUCUAGGUGGUGAAUGCUAAAUAGAUUUGGUUUACGAAGUAAGAGUUUUUGUUAUGUUUACGGGUUAUUUAUUAUUGUUGUUCCAGCCGGAAGACUUUAAUUAAUUUACCUUGUUCUGACACUCUCUCACAUGUAUCCGGACUAAGAUUUCAGGUAACUCUGUACUUUACCCCUUAUAUCAUGUGGAUGUCAUCAGUAGUUUGGUUCUUAAACUGAGGUUGGUUUGCACUAGUUUUCAAUUGGAAAACGAAAAAGAUCAUCACCUUAGCCUUGCAAGCUUUUGCUUUCCAAUCCAAUGAUUGUUUUCAUUUAUUUAGGAAUGGACGGAGGAGAACGGGGACACUUCCUUGCUAGAAGCAUUAUACCGGGCUCUAAAUGAGCUUCUGUUUCUGCUGUGUAAGGUAAAUCUCGCGACGCGAGUAGGCCUAUCACUUUCUUUGUGCAACAUCCAGUUAGCUUUAUGCUCUUAAUUUGUCUUCCAUCUACUGUUGGUUUGACAGGCAUAGAUAACUUAAUUAACGGGGAAGAUAGAUGGAGAAACAUUUCAUGUCAACUUCUAGUUAGCUAUGGAUAAUAGGCUUAGUCCUAAGAUGCAAAUACUAUUAUGACAUCCCGUCUCAUCUGUACUUCACCCGUUGAUUUUUUAGUCCUUUUGAUGGCGGCUAUGCCUUAUUGUUCAGUAUUCAGUACAUAAGAGACCCUUGGCUUUAGCUUGCAAGCAAAAGAUUUCGCUGCAUGUGAGGGUGAUGUGUAAUAUUAAUUAUAAACCUUAGGUCAGGUUACUGUUCCCUAAUAAAGCUUCCACACUCUUUCUCUCUGAAGCCUCCAACUCCUACUCCAUUACUCUUACUUAAGAGCAUGUAUAUAGAAUAUUUAUUUUCAAUUUGUUUCUAUAUUUAUUUUACAAAAAAUUUGUAUGAUGCGUACAAAGGCUGCUUUUUUAUACAAAAAUUAGGGGUUGAUUUGUUGUUGGUGGCAAUUUAAAUAUGUGUAUCCCAAAUAAACAAUAGCAAAUCGAUCCCAAUAAAAGGGUAGUGCUGGGACUAGAACUAUCUAUGAGAGCUUGGUUAUUUGUUCUGGAACCAAAUUACUAUUUACUAUAAGUAUGCUCUAGAUUAGCUUACUUCACAAUUGCCACACUUUGAAAAGGCGGUGUGGGAAAUGUAGAGAAGGGUGAUUCUCGGAGAUUUUUCAACAUUCGGAAUGAUUCAUGUCGAGGGAGGGAUCUCCUUAUUCUCAUACUAGAUUUUUCACGAUCGUUUUUAAUUAGAGGUAAAUAAAUCAUUCAUAUCGUAUUUGUACCUUUUUAUUUUUCACUCUCCAUCUAUAGAUUAAUUUGAUGACUACAAUGGUUUUAAAAACCUUCUUGAAGAUUUAGAAUUCAUGACCUAAACUGAAUUGAUUGACCAUAUCUUUCAAGACUUAUUUUAUGUGUUAGACUUUACGCAUUUUUCUUCAUUUGUCCAAAUUAUCUUUUAAACAAUUAGUCAACAUCGACAUCUUAAGAAAACUAAUGCAUGUAUGAAAUUUUUUGUUUGGUUGAUUUUGACAUGUCAUAUUAUGGAUCUACUAACUUUCUACUACGACAAGUAUGAUUACUUUCUAAAAAUUAUGGAUCAAUGCUGAUAUAAAAGAAAAAUAGUUAUUGUAUCGUGAUCAAUAAAGAUUGAUAUUCACUUAUGAUUUUGUAUUACGUUCCCUCAAUUAAAAUUAUAUGGUUUAGGAUUAGUAAAUAGCAGUCCAACACCUAAAUAACUAAUUACUUUUUUGUUGUUGUUGAUUAUAAUGGUUUUUGGCUCUAUCAAUUAAAAUAAAAUAAUAUACACAAUGCGCUAAGUAACAAAAACAAUAAAAUCAACCUCCGACCGUGUCGGAGCUUCGGAGCUCGGCUAUCGCCGAUCUAGUAGUAGUUGAAAGGAAAAACGUCGCCAAUAAAUCAAAUUCCCAAAUUCAAUCUUUUUGUUUUUUUAAAACUAGCCUGGAUAUUCGUUAAUUCAAAGAGUGGUUAUUACAAUCAACUCUGAGUUGGUUUAACCAAAUUCAUUCUUCUUAUACACAACUCUGUUGGAAAUUCUAAAAUUGAAAGAAGUAUUGGGGUUAUCUAUAGAGAUACCUACCACAACUGAGAAUGUGGAUUUCUUCCCAGCACAUGUUCCUAAAAUAAAUUUUCAAUAUACACGUUUUAUGAAAAAUCCUAAUCUACACAUGUCUGGACAUCAUCGCAGGAGACGAAAGCGGUGAAUGGAUUAGUGCGACGGACGAAUACGAUGAAGGCGCGGUGAAGGCUUCAUUGCGGCCGCGAAACGCGAUGAAGGUCUGACCUAAAACUGAAACUUCAAACAAACUUUAUGCUCCGUUAUCCGGUCGUAGAGAAUUUUUUUUUAUGCAUAAUUUAUUGAGAUCUUGCAAGCCACGAACACCUUAGGCGGUAUGGUCCCAUUUUCGUCUCGAAAAAAGUCGUUUGCUACAUCGUACGAUAAUUUUUUUUGAUUUUGCCAAACAUUGGACUACCAUAACUUUGUGCUCCGCAACCGGAACAUCAUGAAAAAAAAAUUUGAUUCCGCAUAAUUUUUUUGGGAUUACAACUUUUACUAGAAAGGAAUUUUCAAAACAGAAAUAUUUUUGAAUAUACAGGGUUUUGAGAAUAACUUUCCCUUUACUUAUAAAAAAACUACAUACAUUCUGAAAUUAUGGCUAUGAUAAAAGUUGUAGUCCCAAAAAAAUUAGGGCUAAUACCACUAAAAAUAUCAUCCUUUAGCGAAAGUGCCAUUAAUAUUACAUCUUUUUGGAUAUGCCAUUUGUAUACUAAAAUGUUUUCUCUGUUAGUUGGGUCGUUAAACAUAACUGUGCGACUUUUCAACGCCCAGUCAGCGCUUAAUAGGAUCCUACGUGGCUUGGUGAGGUGGUUUAUUUACUGAAAUGAAAAAAAUACGGUAAAAAUAAAAACGGGAUCGGGCUCCCCAAACUGAUUUCGUUCUCACCUUUCCUCUUCGUCUCCCUCGACUGUGAAACAAAGAAGAACCCUAGCUUCCCAUAGGGAAAAAAUUUCCCUAAAUCGACGAGCUGGGCAGAAUCAAUCAGCGUGCGAGUGGAGGCAAAGGCUUCGGAUCGUCGCCGGGAGUGAGAUCGGAGGAGCGGAGUGGUCGAAUCGGCGCAGAGCUAUAUCUUCGAGUCUGCAUCCGCCAUCGAAAACGCCCGAUUCAUCCUUGCCGCCGCAGACAUCUUCCCCGCCCGAGAAGAUCUCAUGCUCAACUUCAUCUACUUCAUCGUGACCUCCUCAUCAUUCGCCGUCGUCGCCGUCGACAUCGUGCUCUCGCUCAUGCUAAAGCUCACGCUCACACUGCAACCUCCGACACAUCUUGCUCCGAGAUCUCCUCUUCGGCCACUAGUUUCUCCACCACCGAAGGUUGAAUUUCAUUCUUCUCCUAGACAACGAUUGGCUCCUCUGGCUACGGAUUCACUGGAUUCAGCGGCGAUUGGGGAGGUGGAAUGGCAGAGUAAUGCUGCUGUUGCGGCGACGGCAGCCUGUGGGGAUGAUUGGGAUUGGGGAUUUCGGAGGAGAGGACUUCCUUGACGGUUUCCUCGCUGCAGUCCGGUGGCGGAGCUCUAGUUUCCGCGGUUGACUUGAGAAACUUGGGCGGCUCGAAGUCGUAACGGUUGUCGUUUUUUUGAGGAAGGGUGAGAAGCAGAAACAAUUGGAGAGGAUUUGGUUGCACUGCUGAGACAACAACCCAUUUGGCGAAAAAUUGGCCAGGUGAUUCGCAUUCGUUGGGGGAAUUACAGGUGGAAAGAAAUGGUCGUUGAUCAACGGUCGACCUUAGUUACGACCAAUUUUCCACCCUUCAGCUGACCUGCUUUGUCUUUCCUUCUGUGACGCCUCAACAACAAACCAUCACCGCCGUCUUCCAAAGCUCGAGCGCAAGAGUCACCUUUCAAAACUCCACAGCCACGACCCCCUUCCUAAGCUCCAGCGUCGCCGCCGUCCAAAGCUUUGUCGACACAGUCGCCGUCGUCGUUGUUUGGAACGGAGGUAGCAGGAGAGCAGCUCCAUUCGUCCUCGGGUUGGGAGAAUAGAGGCCCGAUGCUGUA